CCUCUCUGCGGAUUUUGCAGAAUUCGCCAUUCUUCUUCUUCUUCUUCUUCUUCAUUCGAUGCUUUUUACUCUUCUUGCGGCUGUGAUGGUAGUGCAUUGGUGAGAGGUUUUGCAGAAUGGCAGGCGGAGGCGGCGGACGGGGAACCUCGAUUCUUAAGAAAGCUGCUAGAAAGAUUGCAUACGCAUGCCGUUCUUUCUCUCCUCGGAAAGCUCGCUCUGCCUCGAAUUUUUCGGCUGCUCCAUCCGCUGAAAAACCAAGGUACGUCGUGGGAGAAGUUGGAGAAGCUGAAAUUGCAGAACAAACAGAAUCAAGAACCACGAACAAUCUGCCUUCCAAGAAUCUGUGCGCCAUAUGCCUUGACCCUCUAAACUACAAGACCAAAGGGAGUCGUCCAGGGCAGGCCAUUUUCACUGCACAGUGCUCUCAUGCAUUCCAUUUCACUUGCAUCUCCUCUAAUGUCCGCCAUGGCAGUGUCACAUGCCCCAUUUGUCGAGCUCAGUGGACCCAGUUGCCCCGGAAUUCAGCCCCACUUUGCACCCAGAGUGAUCCUAUUCUCCGUAUUCUUGAUGAUUCCAUUGCCACAUUCCGCAUCAAUCGCCGGUCCUUUCUGCUCUCUGGACGUUAUGAUGAUGAUGACCCUGUUGAACCUGACCAUACACCUACUCAUGAUUCUCGUCUCUCUUUCUCUGUUCAUUCGGCCCCAUCAAGCUUCUGUCCUCCGAUCCAGGUGAGUGGUUGCGCCCCGGGUUAUGUAUGCUCCAACCACCAUGCUCGGCCACCACUGCGUCAACACUUCCCCUGCAGAAGCCCCUCUCCCUUGUUGCAAUCACCAGCUCGGCAAACACCUCGUACUACAGGCAACCUCAGGAACAGAAUGAGAGCUUUCCUUUCGGUGAAAUUGGCACAUCAACCAGCGACUGACUUAGUCCUGGUUGCAUGCUCCAAUGGCCCACACCUUAGACUCCUCAAGCAAGCCAUGGCCUUGGUGGUUUCCUCCCUCCGUUCCAUUGACCGUUUGGCCAUUGUUACCUACUCGUCUGCGGCUACCCGUGUGUUUCCUUUGAAACGUAUGACAUCUUAUGGAAAGAGAGCUGCCUUACAAGUCAUUGACCGUCUUUUCUACAUGGGGCAGGCAGAUGCCGUGGAAGGGCUGAAGAAAGCAGUUAAGAUACUUGAGGAUAGUAUUCACAAGAAUCCCAACUCCUCCAUUCUGCAUGUAUCUGAUAGCCGAACUCAACCGUACCAUCUCAUCAACUUGGAAUCGCCCGCCGUCCCGAUCCAUUGGUUUCACGUAGGAAUGGGGUUCAGCAUUUCAAAUGGUUUUGUAAUGCAGGAGUUUGAAGAGUUUCUGAUGACAAAAGUACUGAGAGGAAUCAUCAGAGACAUCCAACUAAGAGUUGGAGAGGAAAGCGGCAGAUCAACCAUCAUUAGUAUUGCAGAGUUGAGAGGUGACGAAGAAAAGAGAGUCUUAAUCGACAACCUGUGCGGUGAUCAUGAAGGACAUGUCAGGGUAAGAUACACCUAUGUCGAUGGAGAAGUCGACGAUCAGGAGUGCAUGAAAGCAGGCGAAAUCUUUCUAAGUUUAGGAAAUAAGAGCAACAACAAUAGUUCUUUCAAUGAAGCUGGUCGCGAAAACAGUGAAGAGGAUCCGAGUCUGGGCGGGAGGAUUAGCAGCAUCGAAAGAUGGGAUUAUCACGACCCGUUCAUGGCUAGAAGAUGGGCGAAGCAUCUGCAUUCUUACCGGCUUUAAGUUUAGGGAUGGGACACAGAGGUAGCUUUAGAAGAGAGCUCCAAAAUGUAGAGCAACAGAGUAUCUGAUGGUGAAGUGAUUGGAUGAUGGGGUAGCAGCAUGAGAUUCAACGCUAAGCUAUUCUUUCUCCCUUUCUUCAGAACCAAAACAUGGCAUUGUAAAAAGGACAGAGACGAUUCAGUAUGUUUGGUAGCUGGGUUUUAUUAUACUUGUUAAUGAUAGGAAUGUUUGUUAACUUGGUCCAUAUUCACUGGUGAAGAUUCAACCAGUAAAGUUCAAUUAAUAUAAACUCGGUUUAAUUUUAUUAUUA